AUGACGACAGAGGCAGAGGACACAGGGAAAAGAAAAGAUCUGGAGGAACUCCGGAACCAACAGCAGAAGGAGAAAGUGAACCCGAACCAACUGCAGGAGAAAGUGAACCUGAACCAACUGCAGAAGGAGAAAGUGAACCUGAACCAACUGCAGAAGGAGAAAGCGAACCUGAACCAACUGCAGAAGGAGAAAGUGAACCUGAACCAACUGCAGGAGAAAGUGAACCUGAACCAACUGCAGAAGGGGAAAGUGAACCUGAACCAACUGCAGAAGGAGAAAGUGAACCUGAACCAACAGCAGAAGGAGAAAGUGAACCUGAACCAACAGCAGAAGGAGAAAGCGAACCCGAACCAACAGCAGAAGGAGAAAGUGAACCUGAACCAACUGCAGAGGGAGAAAGUGAACCUGAACCAACAGCAGAAGGAGAAAGUGAACCAGAACCAACAGCAGAAGGAGAAAGUGAACCCGAACCAACAGCAGAAGGAGAAAGUGAACCUGAACCGACUGCAGAAGGAGAAAGUGAACCUGAACCUACUGCAGAAGGGGAAAGUGAACCAGAACCAACUGCAGAGGGAGAAAGCGAACCUGAACCAACAGCAGAAGGAGAAAGCGAACCAACUGCAGAAGGGGAAAGUGAACCUGAACCAACAGCAGAAGGAGAAAGUGAACCAGAACCAACAGCAGAAGGAGCAAGUGAACCCGAACCAACAGCAGAAGGAGAAAGUGAACCUGAACCAACAGCGGAAGGAGAAAGCGAACCCGAACCAACAGCAGAAGGAGAAAGCGAACCCGAACCAACUUUAG